AUGAUAAAGCAUCAAGAAUUGGCCAACAAGAACCAUGAAGCCUCACUGAGAAAUCUAGAGAGACAAAUUGGACAAUUGUCCAAGCAAACAGUAGCUGAAAGACCAACCAAUGCACUACCAAGUGACACCAUUCACACCUCUAAGGAAGAAUGCAAGGCAAUUCAACUUAGAAGUGGAAGAACAUUAGAGAAUGACAUUGGCAGCAAGAAGCAAAUAAAGGAAGACAAGCAUGAUCAAGAGACGUCCAAUAAGAAGGAGGAAGAGCCUCAAGCUUCAAAGAAAGGGAAACAAGUCAUGGAAGAGCAACCACAAUCGCAGAAGAAGGUAGUGAAGACUUACACUCCUCCUCUGCCAUAUCCUCAAAGGCUACAGAAAGAACUCAAAGAUCAGCAAUUUCCCAAGUUCCUAGAGGUUUUCAAGAAGCUGGAAAUCAAUCUUCCACUUGCUGAAGCAUUGGAGCAGAUGCCUCUAUAUACAAAAUUUCUCAAAGAACUCAUCAACAAGAAGAGAAGCUGGAAUGAAAAGGAGACAGUGAUCCUAACCCAAGAGUGUAGUGUUGUAAUCCAAAGAGGCCUCCCACCAAAACUCAAAGACCUAGGAAGCUUCAUCCUAUCAUGCACCAUAGGCAACAUGACCUUGGAAAAAGCUCCCUAUGAUUUAGGUGCCAGCAUCAAUUUGAUUCCUCUCUCACUAAUGAAAAAGCUUGCAAUAGAAGAAGUUAGGCCUACCAGAAUAUCACUCCAAAUGGCUGAUAGAUCACUCAAGAUACCUAAUGAAGUUAUAGAAAACUUAUUGGUGAAAGUUGGAGAAUUCAUUUUUCCUGUUGAUUUUAUAAUCUUGGACAUGGAAGAAGAGGGACACAACUCAAUCAUCUUGGGGCAACCUUUCUUAGCCACAGCAAGAGCUACCAUUAAUGUAGAGAAAGGAGAAAUGAUCCUCAGGGUGCAUGAUGAACAAAUGAUCAUCAAUGUCUUUAAAACCAUGCAAUAUCCCCCUGAGAAAGAAAAUCAUAUGAGAGUGGAAAUGAUAGAAGACUUGGUGGAAGUACUUGAAGCCCAAAGUCAGGAGGAACAAGAAGAAGAAAUGGAAGCAGAACAAGUUGUCAUAGAAGAAAGAGUAGAUGAAAUCUCUGUCGAAGGCAAGAAAGAGGAGGUGCCAAAGCAAGAAUUGAAGCCCCUCCCUCCUCAUCUCAAGUAUGCAUUUCUUGGAAGAGAAGAGACCCUGCCAGUAAUCAUUAAUUCCUCCUUGAACAUGGAAGAUGAAUCAAAGCUGAUUGAAGUGUUGAAAGCUCACAAGACAGCUUUAGGAUGGAAAAUUGAUGAUAUUAAGGGCAUAAGCCCUGCCAUUUGCAUGCACAAGAUCCUGCUAGAAGAGGACUCAAGACCAGUGGUGCAACUCCAAAGAGGUGAUGAAGUUGUGGAAUGCUGGAAUCAUAUAUCCAAUUUCUGA